AUGUCCCAUUACUCCAAGAGCGCCCGUGAUUCCCAAUACGACAAUCCGCAGCAACAACGACAACGUCAAGGCGCAGUUGACGAAAACCAAAUAGAAGCUAUCCGUAAAGAGGACGAGAAAAGAGAGCGCGAGAAAUAUGAGCAGCAGAAGAAACAGGAACGUCAAUAUGCAGAAGCUCGAGCCGAAGGAAGGGCUGGUGAUGGAAAGGAUCGUCCACGAAGUGAGGAAGCCAGUGGACGUCGUUAUGGAAAGGAUUAUUCUGGAGAAAUGGGCGGGAAGAAAAGUGUUCACUACCCAUGUAUCUGGCUACUCUCCCUCAUAUCUACCCCCCUCCCCCCACCAAAUUCCAAUACUUUUACCCACAAUCCCGAACACGAUAGCCGUAGAGCCUACCCUCCCCAAACCCAGAAGCGAAUCCAGCGCCCUUACUCGCCACUUCCAAGACCCCCUAUAGGACCAAUCCCAAUCUCACGUGCACCUUCACCAAUACCUCCAAGAUCACCUCCUCGCGCCCAAACAUAUCCAUCUGUUAAUCUGUACGCUUAUGACAAUAGCACCCCUCGCCGUUCAGAAGGCGGAAAAUCACAAAGAAACCCCGAACAGGAAAAUCAGGAAAGAUCUGCCAGAAGGAAAGUUCAAGAUGAAGAGACAAAGAGAGAUGAAGAGCGGAAGAAGAAGGCAGAUAAACUAUGGAGAAAAGAGGAGGCAAAGAAUGAACGUGAAUGCAGCUCCGAGAAUUUUUUUUUUGAUUAUCAAAGACGAAUGGAGCGAGAUCGUCAUCGCCCGGUUGAUGGACCAGAGGUCAGACCUAGUGGUGUUGUUGAUAGAGGCUUUCAUAUGGAUGGGGAGCAAGAGGAUUUAGGAAAGAGAGUCAGCUGGAAGGGACACACUUUUCGAGGAGAGCUGCGUGACUUCGCUCCUCAAGCGUUAGAGACCACUAAAAAUUCCUAUCAUUCUCCUUCAUAUAAGCAGCAUACAACCCAAUACGUCACCCCAGCGCCGCAGAGUGACGCAAUUUCCCAAUGGUCUGACACAAAUUCCAUCACGAACUUGCUGAUUCACGAAGACACAGAGAGGGAUCGCCGACAUUGUGACAAAUGGAAGCAAUGGGCCCGUGAACAGGACGAAGAAGACAGAUUAGCAUCUGCAGUCGAGAAUGCUCGUAGAGAGGAGCAUAGAUAUAGACUCCAGGUACUGGAUAGACAGACACGGGAAUAUGGGAAACUCAAAAUGGAGACUGAUAGGGAUUGGAGGGUUUAUUUACAGAAAUUGGAAGCUGAUGAGCAGUGGGAAGCUGAUAGACAAAGAAAGGAAGCUGACAGACGGGAGGGAUUACGCAUAAACCCCCUAAGGUAUAAUCACCCAAGAAAGGAGCAUACCACUAGAUACGCGUUAGGAACAUCAGGUCGACGACUUUCCUACACGCCUUUGUCGGAUGAAGCCCUCGUCGGUAUUGCAAAGGAAAGCGAGAAGAGGAGUAAGCGCAGAUAA